GUAUAAAAAAAGGCGCUCCGGUGCACUGGAUGUUAGAACACGCGUGGCUACGAGACGUAAAACCAAAGGACGACCCACUCGCAGUUUCCGGCCAUCGUCAGACUACGAAGAUCACCGACCUCGACGUCCACAGAAGCAGCAUGCAUUGUUUCCCGACGAUCAGGUGCUGCACAAUCGCGCUGUGUCUCGUCAUUGUCGCCGCUGAGUUUGUGACUAGCGCGCCAUCUUACAGCGAUUAUGAAAGUGUCCGCGACUUGUACGAGCUGCUGUUGCAGAAGGAGGCUUUGGAAAACCGGAUGCAGCAACAGGGUCAGCACGAGAUUGUGAGGAAGGCGAACCGAUCUCCCUCACUGAGACUCCGCUUCGGACGACGGGCUGAUCCCCUACUCACGGGUUCACCAUUCUCAGAACAUUCUUCGGUGGAAAGCGCCAUAACGGAGAAUUAAAUGAUCUAUCAUCACUCCAAUCCCAUCACCAUUGCAAACUUGAAAACCUCCCUCCCACAAUGUUAUUUGAUCACUGAUAAUUAAUAUAUAUGAAAUAUUUAAACUUUCUUCAAAACUGAAUUUCUCCACAUGAAAAUUAAAAAUGCCUCUUGUAAAUAGUCCUUUUGUUUCUGAAAGCAGCAAACAAUAUUUUGAUCUAUAAAACAUGAACCAUGCAUGGAAAGAUCUCCAAAUUUUCAGAUUUAGUUCUUGGUUAGAUUAGAUCUCUGUAAUGGCAUUGGUCUUGUGGGUUGUAAGGCUACGUCAACUUGUUGGUAGAGACCAGCAUUUCAAAAGAACACCGGUACCUACGAAGAAGUCGAGGCAGCAUUACGACUCAGGAGGCUAUCACAAAUCCUGUCUAAUAUUCAUAUAUAAUCUAUUAACUGAAUACAUACACAUACAUAAAUAGUCUUCUUGGAAUUCACUGAAAUUCAGUAAGUUUGAAUAUUAAAUAACACAAAUAAGCUACAAAUGGAUCUCGAUUAUUUCGCCAAAUGCCAUGUCAGAAUUCAUGCAUUAUUCACCACUGUCAAGACACUCUAAAUUUACAUAACCACUGUUAAUUUGGGACAUUAUAUUCGUAACAAAUACAAUAGCAAUUUUUAGCAGCCAUUUUUUUCAUAUGGCAAUCUCUCAAAGCAUGAGGGGCAGUUCAGAAUAAAUCUCGAUAUCUUUCAUUUAACUUACACAGACACUUUAGUUAAACUGUGAAGCAGAAUUAGAUGUUAUGCUAAAUGGAAUGUGUAACUUCCAAGGACACUGUGUCAAAAUAUAUUUUUUCUUGAAUGGACCAUAACCUUAACCUUGUAAGAUACUAGUAAUUCAAAGGAGAUGAUUAGAUUCACAGAAUUCAUUUUAAUUUGUGUGCAAAAACAUAAAACUCUGAUUAAAUUUAAUUCUCCUUCAUUGUCAGAUGUCUGCCCCACUUGCACCAUAUUACUGUUAUGAAAAUAAGUCACGUAUUACAAAGGAGAAAACUGUGUUAAGUGUAGAUACCAAACCAUACAUAACCUCCAUUCACAUUACUGAUUGUAUGAAUUAUGUACUGAGCUACUAGGAUAAUAAACACAUUUAUACAGAGCUA